UUUCCCCGAGCAGCAGCUCGCUGGCUGUCAUUUUGUCUUCAACCACCAUCGCCUUUUCUUUGACAGUUUUCUAGGGGUGAACCUGGGCAGCGAAUUAGCACCGUCCAUGCAGCAGGCUGGUGGAAGAAAGGGCCAAGGAGGAGCUUAUGAAGGAGUUCGGGUCUCUCUCUUGAAUGGAGCCCUCUGGGACCCCACAGGGAGCACCCACUCAAAGAAUCAUCCGGACGUGUUGAAUGUUCGAAUACAGCUGGAAAGCAAAGAACUGAUCAUAGAUCUGGAAAGAAACGAAGGUCUCAUUGCUAACAGCUUCACGGAGACUCAUUAUCUGCAAGACGGCACUGACGUCUCCCUCACUCGAAAUUACACGGGUCACUGUUACUACCACGGACACGUGCGAGGGUCCCCCGGCUCCACGGCCAGCCUCAGCACUUGCUCUGGCCUCAGGGGACUUAUUACAUUUGAAAAUAGCACAUAUAUCUUGGAACCAAUGGAAAAUGAAAGCAACGAGUACAAGCUCUUCCCAGUGGAGAACCUGAGCGGCACCUGGGGGACGUGCGGAUCCCAUCCCGGCCCGCCGGCACCCGCCACGGAGAGCAGGCUCCUGCCACCCUCGCCGACGGGGGCAAAAAGGCACAAGAGGGAGGCCCUCAAGAUGACCAAGUACGUGGAGCUGGUCAUUGUCGCCGACAACCGCGAGUUUCAGAGGCAAGGAAAAGAUCUGGAAAAAGUUAAGCAGCGAUUAAUAGAGAUCGCUAAUCACGCUGACAAGAUUUACAGACCACUGAACAUUCGGAUAGUGCUGGUGGGCGUGGAGGUGUGGAAUGACAUCGACAAAUGCUCGAUUAGUCAAGACCCGUUCACAAGCCUCCAUGAAUUUCUGGACUGGAGGAAGAUGAAGCUUCUACCUCGCAAAUCACAUGACAACGCCCAGCUUAUCAGUGGGGUACAUUUCCAAGGGACCACCAUCGGCAUGGCGCCCAUCAUGAGCAUGUGCACAGCGGAGCAGUCCGGGGGCAUCGUCAUGGACCACUCAGACAGCCCCCUGGGCGCAGCUGUGACCCUGGCACAUGAACUGGGCCACAAUUUCGGGAUGAACCACGACACGCUGGAGAGAGGCUGCGGCUGCAGUGUGGCUGCCGACAAAGGAGGCUGUAUCAUGACCCCGUCAACCGGGUUCCCCUUCCCCACGGUGUUCAGCAGCUGCAGCAAGAAGGACCUGGAGGCCAGCCUGGAGAAAGGCGUGGGGAUGUGCCUCUUUAACCUGCCGGAAGUGAAGCAGUCUUUCGGGGGCCAGAAGUGUGGGAACGGAUACGUGGAGCAAGGAGAGGAGUGUGACUGUGGAGGCCCAGAGGAAUGCACGAGCACCUGCUGCAACGCCACCACCUGCACCCUGAAGCCGGACGCCGUGUGCGCACACGGGCUGUGCUGUGAAGACUGCCAGCUGAAGCCCGCGGGCACGGCGUGCAGGGCCUCCGGCAACUCCUGUGACCUCCCCGAGUUCUGCACGGGCACCAGCCCCCACUGCCCGGCCAACGUGUACCUGCACGACGGGUACCCGUGCCAGGGGGUGGACGGCUACUGCUACAACGGCAUCUGUCAGACCCACGAGCAGCAGUGCGUGACACUCUGGGGACCAGGUGCAAAGCCGGCCCCUGGGAUCUGCUUUGAGAGAGUCAACUCUGCAGGUGACCCUUACGGCAACUGUGGCAAAGACUUCAAGAGUUCCUUUGCCAAGUGCGAGAUGAGAGACGCGAAAUGUGGGAAGAUCCAGUGUCAGGGAGGUGCCAGCCGGCCUGUCAUUGGUACCAAUGCCGUUUCCAUAGAAACGAAUAUCCCGCUGCGGGAAGGAGGACGGAUUCUGUGCCGUGGGACGCACGUGUACUUGGGCGAUGACAUGCCGGACCCCGGGCUCGUGCUCACGGGCACCAAGUGUGCGGAUGGGAAGAUUUGCCUCAAUCGUCGAUGUCAAAACAUAAGUGUCUUCGGCAUUCACGAAUGCGCCAUGCAGUGCCACCACAGAGGGGUGUGUAACAACAGGAAGAACUGCCACUGUGAGGCCCACUGGGCACCUCCCUUCUGUGACAAGUUUGGCUUCGGGGGAAGCCUGGACAGCGGCCCCAUUCGGCAGGCGGAUAACCAAGGUUUAACUAUAGGGAUCCUGGUGACCAUCCUGUGUCUGCUCGUGGCUGGAUUUGUAGUUUAUCUGAAGAGGAAGACGUUAAUACGCCUGCUGUUUACAGAUAAAAAGUUCACCAUUGAAAAGCUAAGGUGCGUGCGCCCUUCUCGGCCGACGCGAGGCUCCCACGCUGGCCAGGCUCACCUCAGCCCCCUCAGCAAAGGCCUGAUGAGGAAGCCACCACAUCCCAACACGCCGAAGGACAACAACAGGAGGUGGCCACAGUGUCAGAACCUUGACAUCAGCGGGCCCCUCCGGACCCUCGACGCCCCUCGGCCCGGUUCGCCUCAACGAGUGCUCCCGCCUCUCCUAAAGGCUCCGCGUGCCCCCCUCGUCCCCGCCAGACCCCUGCCGGCCAACCCCGCCCUCCGGCAGGCCCAGGGAAUUCGUAAGCCAAGCCCUCCUCAGAAGCCUCUGCCUGCAGAUCCUCUGAGCAAGACAGCCCGGCCCACCUGCACCUCGGCCAGGACCCUGGGGCCGUCGGAGUCCGGGCUCCGCCUGGUGCCGCUCAGACCCACCCGCCCCGCCUACAUGAAGUGAGAAGCAGGUCAACAUCGUUUUUCAACAGUGAAGACAGAGUUUGCACUAUCUUUCAACUCCAGUGGGGAGUUUUUUUUGUACCAACUUUUAGGAAAAAAAAUUUUAAUGUUUAAAACACCAUUAUUUUAAGAACUUGGAGCUACUGCCGUCGGUGCUGUGCUGUGCUAUGGUGCUCUGUACACUUUUCUCAGGUACUUGUAAAUUAUUAAUUUAUGCCAAAUGCUUGUUACAGUGCAGUGCGCUGUGGGAGGCAUUUACCAUCACUGAGUUUUCCACGGAAGGAACCCUGUGUGCUUUCAAUAGUUUGGUGAACUUGAACUAUCAUGCUUUAUGGGAUUCUGGACAGGAGGUUUACUUUUCCGAUCUAAGGCUUUCUUGAAGAAAGGCGCCCCCAGGUAGAACGCCGAGUGAUUUUUCUGGAGCCCCUGAUCUCGAGCAGGAGGCAGGGGCUUCAAGCCCAGGCUGGGUAUGGCUUUCAGCCUGGCCCUGCCCACCAGUCGCUUCACCUUGAACUUCCAGGGUAGCAGGGAAGGAUCUGGCUUCUGGCCCAGAAGCUUUGAAGAGAACCUGAGUUGCAGAAAGGAAUUUUCAGGUGUGGCUGCACCAGGACUGACUGGAACACAGGAGGCCAGGCAGAAACUUGACCUUGAGCUCACCAGCCAGGAGCACAUUUGGAGAGCAGGCAAAGACGGUUGCCACCCAGCCACUGCCCUUUGCACAGUACUGGCUGAACAGUCUGGCUGCAGCACCUUAUCUCCAUGGGGAAGGGUGGCCUUUCUAGCAGGAGGCUCCUGGACAGGCUCUGCAAACCUCCAUCUCCCAGCGUCGUUCGGAGCAAAGCAAAUUUCCACCUUGUCUUCGCAACCAUAAUAGUGAUUCUCUGUUCAGACUGAUAGACGAGGCUUUCCAUGGGACCAUAACUAUUUUCAGAUGUGAACCAGUAAUGGGAUCUAGCGAAUCAAUUCUGUAGAUAAAAAUCUUUUAUUGCAAGGUUCAAACUUAUUAAAAAUUAGGCAGACCCCGUAUGCCUGCAGAAACUACAACCCAAUGGAAUGCCAUGUGGCAGGCUGCCUCUGCCCUCCGUCCGUCUAGGACAGAGUCGUAAGUUAACGCAUAAGUUAUUGGGGGAGCGGGGGGCAAUCCGAUUUUCCCAUCUUGGCUGCAGGAAUCUUGAAACAAUAGUUGUAGUGCAAACAUUUGCAACCUACCCAUUGAGCGUCACAGAAUGUGACCAGGAGGUCCAUCUCCUAUUCCUAAAUAGUCACGGUCCACAGUCUUGGGCAGCAGCCCGUUUAACUCUUCAGAUGCCUGACUGGGGAGCUAUUUCUUCGCCAGGAGAUCUUGAGGCCGCCUGUAUCUAAUGGCAUGAAAAUUACCAAAAUGCUCAGACGAGGUAAAAUGCCAUUAUGCCUCUGUCUCCCAACGGGGUUGUAGGUGACUCGUUUUCACACCGGAAGGCAACAGCCACCAGUUCGGGACUUCACUCUGAGUGUUUUGUGACAGACUUCCGCUGGGGUCAUUCCAACGCUGUUUCCAGGCCUUGAAGCAGAGAGACCGAAUGUAGCAAGAGUCAGUUUGCCUUCCAGAAAACAAGACUGCAUUGAACUCUCCCCGUGUCCCCCACCAUGUCCAGGCAACACAGUAAUCCUGAUCGCGGAUAAACUAAAUCAAUCCGCGCCACAAACACACCAAAGGAAGCCCGGCUCUAGCACAUCCCAGCUCCUGUACAAUUAUUAAUUUCUGAAAAAGAUAAAGCCAUGUUAGAAAAUAUUACUGCUGAUUACCUACAGAAUUACUGUAAUUGAUACUGCAUUUAGUAAGUGUAUCAAGGCCAAAACCUAUGCCAUUGAAAAGUUUACAGAAUUUUUAUGGUGCAUUAUGUGUGUAUUGCCUUUACGGAUGCCCAAAUCCUUAGAUCUGUCAUUUUAGCCCCUCCUCCUAUUGUGAGGAAGAGGGUGUGAAGUUUGUUUUCUUGUCUUCCCCCCGGCUUUUUGUCCUUAACUAUAAUUCCUGUGCUUCCAUUUCAGAGAACCAGGAAUAGCUUGGUAUAAAAAAAGAUGAACACUGUGAUCUUACACCAUGUCACUGAUGGCCAUUUAGGGGCCAUGAUGACACAUUCAUGUUUCUCCAGCACUAAUUGCUUUUAGAGAGCCAUCCAAGUUAUUUCUGGGGGGAUGAGACUGUGUUGAAACCUAACAUUCCCUUACAAUAUACAGAUAUUACAGGAACAGUAUUUCCAAGAUGCAGAAUUAUAUUUAGCAAUAACUUCCCUUUUAAUAUAACUUAGGAAAAGAACCACGAGCCAGGUUUUUUGGGGGUGGGGGAGAGAUGUACCCACCCUUUUUAUAUCCUUACAGAUGAUGGAUCGAUACUUCUAUUUCCAUGCCAGUCUACUUUUUUAGUAUUUUUUAAAACUUUAUAGACUUAACUAAGAGUUGAGUGGAGUUUAUAAGGCCGUCACUGAGAAGCUCAACACGUCCAGACACAAAGCAGACCCCGAGGGUGGUCACUUUUCUUCCCGUCUCAUUAGACUUGUAGUUACACGACCCCACUUCCCGGGAAAGAGCGAGCUAAUCCUCCAGGCAUUCUGUUUAAGAGUUUAUCUCCUGAAGUUUUUUGGGUUUUUUUUU